AUGGCCCAGCAAAGUAUGAAAGUGAGGCCUGUGCUUCUGAAGCAUAACAGUCUAGAGUCGGUGGAGCUUGCGAAGCAACCUCACCACCGCAGGAGCAAAUCUCAGCAGGUGCGAUUUAAGGAAGAUGGCACCAGUAAGACUCCACCUGCCCGAGCUGAGGUUGACAUCCAAACUCCUGAGCACCCGGCUGUAAUGGGCGAGACUCAGGCCUCCGGGCACCAUCACCUCCCCACCUACUCACUCUCCUUCCCCAGGUCCCAGAAGGCAGGGGGCUUUCGGCACAUCGCCAUCCAAACCUCCCCCAGUCUCAGGAAGCACUUCCCAGUUUUCAAAAGGAAGAGACUCACAGCUAGCAAGUCCCUGGUGGAAAUGCAGACAGCAUCCCAAAGUGCCAUCCAGGUGAACGGCAAUCUCUCUGAACAGGACAUUGUGUCCUCUGACCUUGCCUACUUAAGGCUGUCUCGGCAUCUUGAAGAUGGGCCUCAAAGGGUCAAGGCGUCCCACCCAUUUCUCCCUAGAAUGUCCAAGGUGCAAAGCAAUGGGCCUGUGAGCAUAUGCUUGGAAACAGGGACAUGGAGGGCCUCAGAGAAAGCAACAGCUGCCAUUCAGGUUCCAGAUGAUAUUUAUCACAGCCCUACCUGGGCAGGUAGAGAGUCCACUUUCAGCCCAGACAGGUCUGCUGAGAUUAGCAACUCCAUACCCACUUUGGUUGACAUAUGUCCAGGUGAUGGGAGAAGAGUGCCACCGUCAGAUUCAGAAAGACCCCUCUCCUGCUUAAAUGCCACCAGCGGUGCCAACCACAUGCCCGGCACAGGGAAACUUAAACCUGAAAUGCUUUUGCCCAAAGAUAACUCUGAUGACAAAGACCUUGGCCCAUUGUCAUCUCAGUCAAAGGAAACGUGUGUUCCCUCACAUCCACAGACUCACAGCUCCCCUUCGCCAGGCUCCCACAGCCAGCCAGCCCAGCCAGGGGGAGCUUCAGAUUGUGCUUCAUCGAGUAACAAUCACCAGGAUCUGCAGUCACUCAAAACUAACAGUGAGUCAAAAUCUGCCCCUGUGUGUCAGGAGCAGAUGGCAAAGAACCCCUUCCAGUCACACAUCCCAGCGUUUCAAAACUGUCCAGAAAGCGAUCACCUCCCAUCCUCUCUUCCAAGGAGGGAGACCGAACGGCAGGGCACCACGGAGAUGGGUGCACUUAAUCCAAUCCACCUGGCACAGGGUGAGUUCUGCGACCUCCAGGGCAGGCUGCAAUCCGUGGAGGAAUCUCUGCACUCAAACCAAGAGAAAAUUAAAGUCCUUCUGAAUGUAAUUCAAGACUUGGAGAAAGCUCGAGCUCUCACAGAAGGGCGCAACUUUUAUCGAACUGGCCAAGAUCUCAACAACUGCAGGACCUGCCAGAACACAGCGUGCAUCAUAUACAGUGUAGAAUAUGACUUCCGGCAGCAGGAAGGCAGGUUCCAUGAAGUUCUACAGAGUCUGGAGGAAGCAGAGCCAGUUGAGGAGGCAUGUCCCCCACCAAAGUCCCCGGCAGAGCCCUCAGUCCCUGAGAAACAGGACUUAAGGCGGAAAACCAAGAAGGUGAAGAAGAAAUGCUUCUGGUGGAUCUGA